GACGUCAAGCAAAAGUGCCUAUGGCGCCAUUGUGUUGUGUGGUUUCUGCGAAAAUUUUGACAGAAACCUCUUUCGCGGGGCCAAGUGCAAUAAGUAUAAAUUAGAUUUUCCAGUAGGUAUUCAAGCGGCGUCCAUCGUACCUGACUGUACGGGCUGAAGUCUUUAGCCCGGACUCACGAGGAUCACAACGAGGGCAACCUCCCUGGGUUGUUGUCAUGGCGCUGGGUUGGUGGCGGUAGGAGACAUUGUGCUCUGGCUGCCAUCGGUGCGCCAUGUCCAAGCACUCGAGCCUGUUUUACACUUUUGAGGUGGUUGACACAAAGUUUACCAUUCUGCGGAGGUAUCAGAACCUCAAGUCCAUUGGCUCUGGCGCCCAAGGCAUAGUCUGUGCGGCCUAUGACUCGGUGACUGGUCAAAAUGUGGCCAUCAAGAAGCUCAGCCGUCCUUUUCAGAAUGUGACCCAUGCCAAGCGGGCAUAUCGGGAGUUCAAGCUUAUGAAGCUGGUCAAUCACAAAAACAUAAUUGGCCUGCUCAAUGCCUUUACCCCGCAGAAGUCGCUGGAGGAGUUCCAAGAUGUCUAUUUGGUCAUGGAGCUGAUGGAUGCCAACCUGUGCCAGGUGAUCCAGAUGGACCUAGAUCAUGAACGCAUGUCGUACCUUCUCUACCAAAUGCUCUGUGGCAUCAAGCAUCUCCACCUUGCUGGCAUUAUUCACAGAGACUUGAAACCUAGCAACAUUGUUGUUAAGUCGGAUUGCACGCUGAAAAUCCUGGACUUUGGCUUGGCACGAACUGCAGGGACAACAUUUAUGAUGACCCCAUAUGUGGUCACUCGCUACUACCGGGCUCCUGAAGUCAUUCUUGGCAUGGGCUACAAAGAAAAUGUGGACAUCUGGUCAGUUGGCUGUAUAAUGGGAGAAAUGAUCCGAGGUGCAGUUCUGUUUCCUGGCACAGAUCACAUUGAUCAAUGGAAUAAGAUCAUUGAACAGCUGGGUACACCAUCACAAGAGUUCAUGCGCCGUCUACAGCCAACAGUGCGCAACUAUGUGGAGAAUCGUCCUCGGUAUGCAGGCUACAGCUUUGACAAGCUCUUUCCAGACGUACUGUUUCCUUCCGAUAGUCAUGAGCACAGCCGGCUGAAAGCCAGUCAAGCUCGUGAUCUUCUCUCCAAGAUGCUUGUGAUUGACCCAGAAAGGCGUAUCUCUGUCGAUGAAGCCCUUGCUCACCCUUACAUCAAUGUGUGGUACGACGAAGCUGAAGUAAACGCGCCAGCACCUGCAUCAUAUGACCACUCUGUAGAUGAACGUGAACACACCGUGGAGCAGUGGAAAGAAUUGAUAUACAAGGAAGUCCUGGAGUAUGAGCAGACUCACAACAGCCUUGGAACUCCUGGUCGCAAUGCUUUGCAUGGCUCCUCACAAGAUGGUGCAAUAGAAGUGAUAGAUGGAGACCAGUCUGUGGACCAGUCAUCCAAUGGAGGGGCUUCAGCAAACAGCUACCAUCGACGGCGUUACCAAUCCUAGCUUCAUGGGAGGAACUGUGACAGCUGGGGUAGACGCACCCAGGAAGCCUCUGGAGGAAGAACUCGUGCACCACCUGUUCUCUCGCUGUCCAUCUCUGCAGUUUUCUUCUCCAUAACCACGAGCUCAACGUUGCUUGCCUUGAUUUUCACAACAUGGGGCCAUGGAGUGAUCUUGAAGCCUCACACGGUGGGCAUGCUUGCCGUUGGGCAAGUGGUUUUAUUUAAUAAGUUUUGCCUUAUUACAACUUCUUUUCUCCCAUUGAGGUGAAGUGAAUGGAUUAUUUGACAAUUGUCUUUAAAGAUUUGGACAGUAGUAAGGGUUGUAAUUCCGUAUGCUGAUUGCGGUGGGCACUAUAAUGUGCUGCAAUGUAUAAGGCUAUGGCAGUAUCCCCAGGACGAAUGUAUCUGGAGAAAAUUUUUUUCCCAAGCCAAUUCUGUGUGUGCAGGCCAUUGUAUUUUUAAGUUUUUUUGCAGCUGUAUUGUGCAAAGUGGAGUUGUGUUGCUGCUUGCACCCCACAAAUGCAGCUCCUGGCAUUGGCUUUUUUUUUUUAUUGACUUUCAUAUGACAGUAAACAUUGGUAGGAAAGCACACUGCAGGGAAAGCAUGCAAGUACCAGUGAAAGCUGUAAGCUCUGUGAAAGGCUUCUCAUUGCUGAAAGAUGUCUGUUGCAUCAGAGCCUUCAUGUUCUCUUUUUUUAUUUUAUUUAUUAUUUUUUUCCCAUUUCAACAUCUGGAGCUGCAGUACUGCACGAUUUGUGUCAUGCCAUUUUAUUUUUCUUGCUUUUACGUAUGGGGACGGGCUUUUAGAAGAAUGUGUCUAGUUAUGUGUUUAGGCUUCACUGAGUUUUUUUAUUCUGAAGAAGAUAAAUGUAUUUAAAAUAUUGUGAAAAAAAAAGUGCAUGAUAGAAAAAAAAAUAGAAUUGUGCUCAUUGUGCAAGGUAAAUUAUUGUCCAUUAUUAUCUCUUCAUAACUCAAGGGGUCUGUUGGGAAGAGAGUUAUGAAGAAGGGGCCGGCUGAUGGGAUUUUAUUCAGGCCAACAGGUGAAUAAAUUUCACAGGCAUGUUAGUUUUGGCUUCUGUUACAGCUUUUAGCCAGCUAGCAUCACUGAAAGUAUGAUGAAAGCAGUGAGAAAGGAGGGUCUGCUUUCAGCAGGGAAUAUAGAUUGUGGAGCUGUAUGCUCACUGUAUGGAGCUGAAAAUUUGCAUGCCUUUAGCUUUUUUGGCAGAUUUUGUGAUAAUCGAAGUGGACUUCUUUGAGGGUUUUACGAGUGGCUGUGUGGCAGAAGGAGCAAGAUAUGGUGCAGGCCAUUGAGGCUGCUUUUUCAGUCUUGAGUGCAGAGGUCAGGCCCGAGGCAUGUGGAACCUAGUCAUGCAGCAUGCAAGACAUCCUAGCACAGGAGUUGUCUUUCUUUUUUUUAAAGUAGGAUCUGCAAUUGCAUAUGUGUGCACCAUCUGUCUCUCUGAUUGUUAGUUGGCCCUAUUGACUCUCUUCUUUCUUCUACUGUCGUUUGUCUGUAUUCUGUUCAUUUGGAUUUCUCAUGUACAAGAGGUUCAUUUCUUGUGCUUUUAUCAUCCUUGUUGUUAUACACGAGACUGUUCCCAAGUGCUUGUGACAGUACAGAGGCAUUUGUUAUGAGUGUGUAAAACUUUUUGUGAUGUGUGAUUUUGGAAGAGGUGACUUUUUAAACAUUGGUUAUCCAUUCAGGAUUGUCUAACUGCUAGAAAGCACUGAACACGGCAAUGUUAAAAUUGUGCUGUGUUAUGAUCAAGGAUUGCAAUUUCAGCGAGGCUCGAACACAGCAGCAGAGUCCUGGGCUUGUAUCCAUUGCAAAACAUGGGCUUGUCAGGAAGCUUUUGCACAGGUGGACAGACAAUUUGGCUCAGCUGCUGGUUGUCAGUUAAAAGAGAAGUGUGUGAAUGUGUAUGUUUGUUUCAUGUGUAGUUGAGUGACAGAGCAAGGUUGAUAGCUGUGGAACCAGGUCGCUGACAGGUUUGCCAACUAGCUGCAGGGUCUGGGGCACACCCCACAGAUGAUGCAGUCUUUCUGUUCUUCCUGCUCGUCUGAUCGGGUAGGUUAGCCGCCAUGUCUGUACAUAUAUAUACGCAAUAGUCUUACUUCCUCUAGAGUCCCACUAAUACGCUCUGUACUGAUGGACAAGCCCCUUUUUUAGGUUUUUGAAGGACAGGUGGUGAAAAGUGUUUUUGCCUUUUUGAGACGACGUUGUAUAAAGAACAGAAAAAAAACACAUUGUACAUUUUAAUUUUUACUGUGACGCCCAUUGGUGAGAGAGUUCUUUUGUGUGUGCAUGUGUGUGCAUGUGUUUCCUCUGGGGAGAUAUUUCCCUUGCGUUGGCCUUCACUGGAGCAGCCUUCGCAAGCUGCGCUUGCACCAUAGGCGUCGUGUUAUUGUUUUCCUCGUUUUUGCGCAUUUUAUGUUGGUUUUUACUUUUGUUCAACAAAAACCAAGGGAAAAUAAAUUAGAAAAAUUCACUGAA